AUGGACGACGACGAUACUGCAGUUCCGGCUCACAACAAAAAUGAAGACAUUCAACAAGCCUGUGAAACUCGCAGCGUGGAGCGACUGAGGGAGUAUGCAAGAUCAGAAGGCGGGUUGCUUGAUGAUGAGCUCCGGCGCCGUGCAUGGCCAAUACUUCUCGCCUGCGACACAAGUGAUGACGAUUCCGCCGUUGCAUCGAAAGAACUGCCCGAACACCGCGAUGAAGGACAAGUGCAGCUGGAUGUGGAUCGCUCGUUUGUCUACUACCCUGAAGCUGAAACGGAGAGCAAAAAGGACUUUCGCAAACAGGAGCUAUCGCAAGUCAUCACUACUGUACUCCGCCGACAUCCCAUGCUGCACUACUUUCAAGGCUACCACGACAUCGUUCAAGUGCUCUUGCUAGUCCUUGGCGUGGAUGCAGCCACCUCAGCUGCCGCCAGGCUGUCUUUGCUUCGUAUUCGCGACUUUAUGCUCCCAACCAUGGCGGGCACAGAGCCACAUCUGCGGCUACUUCCUGCCAUACUCUACGCUUCCGAUCCCACUCUGGCCACACACCUUUCCCAGACCCAACCUUUCUUCGCUCUACCAGCCACUCUCACGCUGUAUGCGCAUGAGAUUGAGGAGUAUGGUUCAAUUGCGAGAUUGUUCGACUUUUUACUUGCCAGUGAGGCCGUGGUAUCCGUAUACCUGUUUGCUGCAGUAAUCAGAUCACGAAAGAGCAGCUUGCUCGACAUUGAAGCGGACGAGCCAGAGAUGUUGCACUCUGUGCUCUCCAAACUCCCAAGACCCCUGAACCUGGAGGCUUUGAUCGACGACACCGUCUUUUUGUUCGAAAAGUACCCGCCGGAGCGCCUGCCCGGUAGGAGCUGGGCUCGUAUAUCAUCAAAUAGUGUGCUCAAGACGACUCGGAAGUUUGACGAAGUCGCGCAGCAGACACUACAGGAUGGCGAACGAUUUUUCGCAAAGGAAGCUGCGGAGCUUCAGCGUCAAGCGGUUAUGCAACAACGAUUGCAAAAAUACCGUACCCUGGCUCGCAGGUAUAAAAGACCGGCGGCAUUGACCAGUAUUGCAAUGCUCGUUGCCAUCGCAGCCAUGCUGCUCCGAAACCAUCCUCUACCGGACACCCUCACCGGCUCAAGUACGAUCUUUCUCGGACUACAGCGACGGAUCGUUGAAUUCUGGCAACAGACGAUGGGCUGA